AUGCUUUUCAAAAUAGCAUUUAUAGUUUAUUUUUUGUUCCUUAAUUAUGUUCACCUAUUAAAAAAAAACAAAAGAGCAUUCUAUAAUUUUCAGAUCAUGGAUACAACAAAUAUAAAAAGUUUGAAUGAUGUUAAGGAGAAACUAAAAUAUAGUAAAGAAGCUUAUUGCUUAUUAGUGAAUAAAUAUAAAGUAAAUAAUAUUUUAAAAAAUAAAUAUGUCAAAUUUUGGUUAUUAAAUAUAUAUAAGUUCCCCUCGGUUUUAGUAUAUAAUGAUUAUAAAAAUGUAACCGAAGAUCGAGAUGGUGAAAGUAUAUUAAAAGAUAUGUACAGCUAUUUUGAAAAAAAAAAAAAAAAAGGUGAAACAGUGGAUGAAAAGCUAGCUGAUAAUUAUGAAGACCUUAACAUUUCAUUAAAUAAUAAUAUCGUGGAAAUUUCUGAGGAUGAUAUAUUUAGAUUAGUUCCUUUGAACAACUAUUUUAAUAAAGUUGUAAAGGACCUAUUUAAAAAUGAGGAAAGUAUUUGUGUUGAUAAUACAAACAAUGAAAAUAAAGACAAAGACUUUCAAUCGGAGCAUGAAUCUCAUUUAAACCUUAACAAUAUAGAAAUAAAUGAUGAUAAAAAAAAAAAUAGUAUAAAGAGAAAACGAAGUAUAUAUGAAAUGGAUAAUGAUGAUGAGCAUAAUAUUUAUGGACUUAAUGAUGAUAAGAAAUAUAUAGAUAUGGAAAAUAUAUAUAACAAAAAUAAAUUGGAAUAUACUGAAGAAUUAUUUAAUGAGAUAAAAAAGAAUGAUAUAAAAAUGAAAGUAGUAACAUUAAAUUUUGGAUAUGAAAAUAUGAACACAUCAGAAGUUUUAAGACAAAUUUUUCCAUCGAUUAAUGAAAUAAUACAUAAAUUUGAAAUUGUUGGACAUAUUGCACAUUUAAAUUUUUGUAAUAAAUUAGAAGAUUGUAAAAAAAUAAUUGCAGAAGUUAUUUUAGAUAAAAAUAAAAGCAUCAAAACUGUUAUUAAUAAAAAAGAUAUACUAAAUAAUGUGCAUAGAACAUUUAAUAUUGAACUUUUAGCUGGCGAACAAAAUUAUAUUACGGAACUAAAGGAGAAUAAUAUAAAAAUUAAAGUAAAUUAUGAAUUGAUGUAUUGGAAUUCAAAAUUAAAAAAAGAAAGAGAUCGAAUUUAUAGCAUUGUUCAAAACAAUUCCAUUAUUAUAGAUGUUUUUGGUGGUGUAGGUAUAUUUAGUUUAUUGCUAAGCUCAAAAAGUUGCUUAUGUUUUUCUAAUGAUAUUAACAAACAUGCAUAUGAUUAUAUGAAUAUAAAUAUAGAUAUUAAUAAAAAAAAAAAUAUUUUAACAUAUAAUUUGGAUGGAAGACAAUUUAUUGAAAAAAUGAUAGAUUUAGAUAUUUUUUCAGUAAAAAACCCAGAUAUAUUAACUAUGUAUAUAGAUGAACAAAACAAAAAAAAUAUAUCUAUGGAUAUCAUAAAUAGCAAAGAUCAUGCACUUACAGCAAAGAAACAAAAAGAAAAUAAAAAUAAUAUUUAUAGAAAAAAAAAACAGUUAAUUAUGUCGGGAAAUGAAAAUAAUAAUCCAGCACAUUACGAACAAGACAUUGCUAACUAUACUUUGGAUGUUGAUACAAAUAUUCAAAAUGAAAAAUGUAAUGUAGGGAAUAGUAGUAGUGAUAUAUGCAGCAGUACUAAGGAAGACCAAAAUAAAAAUACACAUGAUCAGGAGAGCCAAUUUAAAAUCGACAUAAAUCUUAGCAAUUACAAUGACAUACAUGUAUUAAUGAAUUUACCACAACUUGCUUUAGACUUUUUGGAUGUCUUUAAAAAAAUUAAAAAACCAAAGGAAAAUGACAGAAUACGAAAUAUCUUUAUUCAUUGUUAUUAUUUUUCCAAUCCCGAAUCUUUUUAUGAAUAUGCAAAAAAAAGUAUUAUGUCCCAUUUUAAGAAAUUACCCCAAGAAAUGAAAGUUACAGAGAUACGUAAAGUAGCCCCCAACAAAUUAAUGUAUGCUGUAGAAUUCAAUUUAAAGGAACUAUUGGAGGAAUAA